AUGAAAGUAAGCAGGGUGGUCCAAGGAGCUCUGUGGGCGUACGCUGCAGCAGACCGGAUUGUGGACAGUCUGGCGCUGGAAUAUCCGUUCAUCAGUCACGACUAUGAAAAUGACAAUUAUAUUUACGGCGGCUCGGCCGUGCUGGCAAAGUCCUAUGCGCGGCUGACGGCGGAUCAGCCUGAUCAACGGGGCUUUCUGUAUGCGCGGGAGCUAAUUCCAGCCGAGAACUUUGAGAUUGAAGUCGAAUUCAAGAUCGAGGGCGCCGGGAACUCGCUCUACGGCGACGGUAUGGCGGUUUGGCUGCUGUCUCCGGACCAGGAAGUUGCCGAGGGAAGCGUGUUUGGGCUCAAGGACUAUUUCAUGGGCACUGCUAUUUUGAUCGACACUUAUCGCAACCACCGCCCCGGAAAGGCCUUCCCCUACGUCGUGCUGAUGCAAAACGACGGGCGCCAGGGCUACGAUAACGACAAUGACGGCAAGGCCAACGAGCUGGCCGGAUACAGUGUCCGCGGUCUGCACAAUCCGGCUAGCAACACGAAAAUGAAGAUCCGCUACCAAGGCGGCGAGCUUUCGGUCGAAAUCAACCACAAGGGGCGCUUCGACAAGGCGUUUUCCCUGCCGUACAAUCUUGAUGGCGCCAAGCGCCUUGCGUUUUCAGCAUCCACGGGCCAGCUUUCCGAAAGACACGACAUUUACAGCGUGCGAGUUACAGAACUGGACUACCAGGCUCCCAAUAAGCCGGCCCAGUCCCCUCAAUAUGCCGGGAACUUUGCCGGCCAGACCAGGAAAUCUUCGCCGUGGACCGGGCUCCUGGUCAAGCUCAGUCUGGGGGUUGCCGGAUGCGUUGGCGCGCUCAAAAUGUAUAAACUAUACAUCAGGAAGAAAAAGUAUCGGGCAUACGAGCCGUUCGAGUUUAGCUAA